GCGACGGAGAAGCCCGCUUCCGCCGGAAGUGUGGGUUGCUACGGCAACAGUGCGUUGAGUGGCGCCUUUUGCUUCUGAAGGGCCGAAAGAAGAGGGACUGAAGGCGGCAAAAUGGCGUCCUUGCGCCGGGUCAGCCGUCCGGCAGAAGCACACGCAACGGCGGCCCAGGAGCUGGAGCGCAAGCAGCAUGAGGUGUACUUCCAGCAGAUGCGAGAGCUGGCGCACGCCCGGAAAGUGCAGCAGAUACGGGAGCUGGAGGUGAUGUGGGAGGCUGAGGAGCGCGUGGAGAAGAAGCGCGUCACCCGCCGCCUGAUCCAGGAGCAGCAUGAGCGCCGCAUGGAGGAGGCCCUACAGCGGGCAGAAGAAAACAAAAGGUUGAAGGAACUGGAGUUGGAGCAAGAAGAGAAGCUGGCGGCGGAACUGGCAAAACUGAAGCACGAUAAGCUGAAAGAUGAAAAGAUGAGGCAGCAAAUCAAAGAGAACAGCCUGGAACUCCGGGAGCUGGAGAGGAAGCUGCAGUCGGCGUAUAUGAACAAAGAGCGGGCAGCACAGAUCGCCGAGAAGGAAGCCCAGAAGUACGAGCAAAUGAAGGAGGACGCGGAGUUCUGCCGGGCGAUGAAGGAGGACCAGGAAAGGGCGGAGGAGGCGGAGAUCUCCAGCGAGGCGCAGCGCAACCAGGAGAAGCUCCUUUACCAGCAAGAGCUGGAGGGCCAGCUGGAGGAGCGCGAGCGGCGGAGGCAGGCCGCCUACGAGGAGUUCCUGCGGGAUAAGCUCCUCAUCGACGAAAUUGUGCGCAAGAUCUACGAGGAGGACGAAACGGCGAGGCAAGAGAAGAUGGAGAAGAAGCGAAUGACGCAGCGGUUCAUCGAGGAGUUCAAGCGGGACCAGGCCGAGCGGAAGCGCCAGCAGCGCGAGGAGAUGGAGGAGGAGAACCGGAGGCUUGUGGCGUUUGCCAACAUGUGGCAGGAGAGGGAGGACGGCCGGAUGGCCAAGGUCCGCCAGAGCGAGGAGCAGAAGCGCAUGCUCCAGCAGAAGCUGGCAGACAUCCUGGAGAAGGAGCAGCAGGAGCGGGAGGAGAUGGAGGAAGUCCGGACGGAGCUGCUCUGGGAGGAGCGCAUGGAGGCCGACCGGAAGAAGGAGAUGGAGGAGAUGGAGAAGAAGAUCCGCCAGCGGCUGGAGCUGCGCGAGGCCUACGAGGAGCAGCUGGCCAGCAAGGAGGUGCUGCUGCAGGCCAUGCGGGAGGAGGAGGCCGCCUUCCGGCAGGCCAUGCUGGCCAAGUUUGCAGAGGACGACCGGAUCGAGCAGAUGAACGCCCAGAAGCGCCGGAUGAAGCAGCUGGAGCACCGGAAGGAAGUGGAGCGGCUGAUUGAGGAGCGGCGCAAGCAGUUCCUGGCCGACAAGGAACGUGAACUGGAAGACAUCCAGGAGGCAGAAAGAAGGAAAGAGAUCGUCAACCACAUUAUUGAGGAGGAGCGGCAGAAGCUGCUCAAGGAGCACGCCGUGAAGCUGUUGGGGUACCUGCCCAGGGGUGUCCUCAAAGACGACCGGGACGUGGAGCUUCUCGGGGAGGAGUUUCGGCAGGUCUACCAGAGGCGGGAACGAGAGGGGGCCCCCGCGGAGCAGUGAAGGCAGGAGGAGGGAGGGGACCCAUCCAGAAUCCUCAGACGAGGAGUGCAGACGGCGGCAUCUCUGUGCCCGCAAAGCGGUAUGUCUCCAAAAUCACUCUGUGCACACAUGCCCCAACUCUCUGUCUCUCCUGGUUUUGUAGCAAUAAAUUGUAUUUCCAGCAA